AAUCUUGUCGGGGGUGGACGUCUCGUUCCGAUUGCCCGCCGAAAAUUCGCGGUGCCAUUCAACUUUUCGAAAAGUGUAAUUCUGAGACUUUGACCGUUUGUGUUGGUUUCUAUUGUGUUAUUUUGGAAAUAAACCGGAUCGGACGAUGUGAGCGAGCGAUUUGUUCGUCUCUUUUGUAAGUUUUUCGACUUUAUCAAGAUCAAGCCGGUAAAUUUACCUUAAAAUGGAUAUAGUGGCGAUAAAAAUAAUGUAUUUAACAAAAUGACAAUGCACCAGUGAAUCAAAAUGGCGGACGCUUUUGGCGGGAAGGUCGCGUUCAGUGUUCUAAUUUUGAUUGUUUUCGUGGACAGUGCCAUCAGCCAAGCGCCUUGGGUUGAGGAAAAUGAGGACUUGGUGGAUUUUGUUCCAGUGUCGACGAUGGACGUGGAGGCGGUAGUGGGGCGGACUGCCUCGCUGCCCUGCGACAUCGAGCCGGACACCAACGAAGACCGGGUCUACAUGGUACUCUGGUUCAGGCAUUCAGGUGGAAAACCGUUGUACAGUUUCGACGUUCGCGGUCGCAGUUUCAACAAAGCUCUCCACUGGUCCGAUCCGCUGGCGUUCGGCAGACGGGCAUACUUCGUCACCAUGUCUCGACCUUCGGCCCUCACUGUCGACGCCGUGCAGCUGGACGAUGAGGGCAUUUACAGAUGCCGGGUCGAUUUUAAGAACUCGCCUACAAGGAAUUUUCAAAUACGUCUCAAUGUUGUAGUGCCACCACAUCAGCUGCUGUUGUACGACGAGGCAGGACGCGACGUCGCCGGCGUGGUGGGACCAUUAGAGGAGGGUGGUAACUUCACGCUACUCUGCGAACUCAGAGGAGGGCGUCCUCAACCGACCCUAACCUGGUUGAUCAACAACAAGCCAGUGGAAGACCACACAGUCCUGAAGAAUGAUGGCAAGGUCAUCAUCAGCAGGAUCAGCGUAGGCGGAGCUGAAAGGAGUUGGCUGAACACCAGUAUAAGGUGUCAAGCUACAAAUACUCCACUUUUGAGUCCUCAUGAAAGGACCGCCAGAGUGGAGAUGAGAUUGCGUCCAACUUCAGUUAUGAUCACAAACAAACCAGUGCAGAUGUCGGCCGACAUUGAAACCGUGCUGGUUUGCAUCUCGCAUGGCAGUAGACCACCAGCACAGAUCACUUGGUACAGGGAGAACAGAAAAUACACUAGAGGAAAGCACAAUGAAUACACAAAUGAAACGACCACAGUGAGCCGGCUUACCAUGCUGCCGCAGCCUGAAGACGACGGCGCGAUAAUCCGGUGCCGAGCGGAUAACCCGGUACUCAGCGUUGCUCUAGAAGAUUCCUUCCGGAUGAGUGUUGUUUAUAGACCAGUGCUAGCUAUGUCUCUGGGGAGUACACUGAACCCCAACGACAUAAAGGAAGGCGACGACGUCUACUUCGAAUGCAACAUCCGAGCGAACCCCAAGGAGCACAGGAUCUCGUGGUACCAUAACGAUGUCCAAGUAAGUCAGAACAUGUCAUCUGGAGUAUUCAUCAGCACUAAGUCCUUGGUACUCCAGAGGGUGGCCAGGAGAGAUGGUGGACUGUAUACCUGCAGAGCCGCCAACCAGAUGGGGGAGUCCAGCAGCCAAGCCGUUUAUCUUAGAGUGCAAUACGCACCAGUAUGCGCGCAGCCUUCCCCCGUGCUGAUCGGUGCCAGGCUGGACGAGCCUCUGAGGGUCCGGUGCACGGUCAGCGCUGACCCAGCCGACGUCACCUUCUACUGGCAGUUCAACAACAGUGGCGAGAGCUUCCAGGUCUCGCCUGCUAGAUACGUGUCAACAGGAGGCACCGCAAGUGAGCUGCGAUAUCGAGCUGCAAGCGAGCGUGACUACGGGGCGCUACUGUGUCGCGCCUCAAACGCCGUCGGCCGACAGAAGCGGCCGUGUGUCUUUCAAAUUGUUCCCGCAGCCCGACCUUCUUCACCAAGGAACUGCACAGCCAACCGUGUAAUCCGGCACAGUGAAGCGUACCUAACAGUGAAGUGCAUAGCAGGGUACGACGGAGGGCUCACUCAGCACUUCACACUGGACGCUCUCAGUGACACCGGCAGGGUUCUGGUCAACACCACCGCUGGACAAUUGGAUCUAAUUGUAUGGCUGAACAUAAGCUGGUCAGAUUUGGAGUCAUUAACAGAAGAGGAGGUUCUGGCUGUGACGGCGCGUAACAGCAAAGGUGCCUCCGAGCCUGUCCUGUUACGAGAUCUGGUCUUCAGAGACGCAGCCAAGAGAACUGAACGCACAAGUGAAGCGAGCAGCAAUUUCCCCGCGGCCGCUGCACUAGCCGCGCUAGCAGCGCUGCUCACGGCCGUCGGCGCCAUAAUUGCACUGGUAUUACGCAGACGCAGCGACAACGCAGCGAACAGCAAGCGACCAUCGCAGAGCGUGGUACAAGUCGACGCUCAAGGUCGGAGGUACCUGAUAGCGUAUCCAGCGCCAGCAGACAAGUUGGAGACCAAACCUGAUAUUUUGAAUCCUAAGUCUGACAAUGAACCCCCCCGUGUGGUGUUAGAAUCGAGUGACAGCAAGAACUAUACCAUCAGGGAGGCGGGAAAGGAAGCACACAAAUCGGCAUACAGCCCGCCGCCGACCGACGAUGAAAUGAUGCCGCAAAGAUAGCAAAGGGAGGGAACGCACAGUGCCGUGUAAAUAUAACGAACGCUAAUUGUAAAUCCAAAGAAUGCCAACAAUAUUGUUUGUAAGGUAAUAUAAUGAAUCUUCCAUAUCAAUUUAUUAUAAUAUUUAUGAUUAUCUCAAUAAGGCCCUUUUUACAACUGUACGCCACGUUUCGCGUCUCUAUUAUGGCAUUAUUUUGUAUUAAUUUCCAAAUUUGUUACGGAAUUAAAUGUAUUCGUACCCGUUCGCCUUAAUGAUAUAAUCUAAAUGAAAGGUUUAUGUUUACAUAUAUAUGUAUAUGUACAUGAUAUUUUAAUGUAAAUUGUGAUUAAUAAAUA